AUGAUGUCUGACUUGGAGACUCCGGUAUUUGAUCGCCCCGCGGUGGCUCCGCUGAUGCCCCCCAAGAUCCCAGAAGGGGAGCGAGUGGACUUCGAUGACAUCCACAGAAAGCGCGUGGAGAAGGACCUGCUGGAGCUGCAGACGCUCAUCGAGGUGCACUUUGAGCAGCGGAAGAGAGAGGAGGAGGAGCUCAUCGCCCUGAAAGACCGCAUUGAGCGGCGCAGGGCCGAGCGGGCCGAGCAGCAGCGCGUGCGAACCGAGCAGGAGCGAGAGCGGCAGGCGAAGCUGGCGGAGGAGAAGAUGCGGAAGGAGGAGGAAGAGGCCAAGAAGCGGGCCGAGGAUGACGCGAAGAAGAAGAAGGUUCUCUCCAACAUGGGGGCGCAUUAUGGGGGUUAUCUGGUCAAGGCUGAGCAGAAGCGGGGUAAGCGCCAGACGGGGCGGGAGAUGAAAGUGCGGAUCCUGUCAGACCGUAAGAAGCCUCUGAACAUCGACUACCUGGGAGAAGAGCAGCUCAGAGAAAAGGCACAGGAGCUGCUGGGCUGGAUCCACCAGCUGGAGUCUGAGAAGUUCGAUCUGAUGGAGAAGAUGAAGCAGCAGAGAUACGAGAUCAAUGUGCUGUACAACCGUAUCAGCCAUGCCCAGAAGUUCCGGAAGGGGGCAGGAAAGGGCCGCGUUGGAGGUCGCUGGAAGUGAGGACCCCCGCUGGGCAACAGGGUUACUGGGUGCUGCCCAGGAGCCUGGAGCAUCCAUCUACAGCUUGAAAUAAAUGCUCCUCCGCAGG